GCGAUAUCACAGCUGCUGAGAGGCUGAUCGGUGUGAUUACUUCCAGGUUGUGGCAAGAUCUGGGUGGUCCGCUCAUACCCAGGGAAAAGACGUACAUCAGGACUUACUUUGGGCCCAUCCCAACGGGCGCAAAUCCUGGGGCCGAUCCAAGAGGUUGCAUGAUAGGCCGAUGCCCUUGAUAUCUCGGUAUGCAAAGGAGCCAAGGGUCUUGUAGAAAUUCCAAGAGAGAUGGGCUCCGCAGCGGACUAUCUUGAGGAUCCCUUGUUUGGCCACACCCGUUAUCGCAAGAUAAAGGACCUCAACGAAGGAACCUUUGGGAUCGUUCUGCUAGCCUUAGAUGUGCGGACCAAUGAGCAGGUGGCCAUUAAGUUCCUGGAGCGAGGCGCAGGAGUCAACAAGAGCGUGCUGCGGGAGAUCCUCAACCACAGGCUCUGUGUGGUGCAUCCCAACAUUGUGCAGUUCAGAGAGGUGUUCCUGACACCUGUCCACCUGGCCAUCGUCAUGGAGUAUGCGGCUGGCGGUGACAUGUUUGAGUACGUCAUCAAACACAAGCUGCCGCACCAUGGCCAGGGGCUUGUAGAGCCCUCAGCACGCGCAUUCUUCCAGCAGCUCAUCAUCGCUCUGGAGUUCUGUCACGAGCUGGGCAUCGCAAACAGGGACAUAAAGCUGGAGAACACGCUGCUGGACGCAACGCAGCCGCAGCCGAACGUGAAGAUCUGCGAUUUCGGGUACAGCAAGAACGAGUUUGUGGACUCGCGGCCGAAGACGGUGAGCGGCACGCCGGACUACAUUGCGCCGGAGGUCCUCAUGGCAGACCAGUACGACGGCAAGAAGGCCGACAUCUGGUCCUGUGGGGUCAUGCUCUACGUCAUGGUCACAGGUGUGCUGCCCUUUGCAAAGCGGGGCGACGACAGAGGCAACAACCUGAUCCGGCUACAGCAGAUGUUUCCGCGCAUUGUGGCGGCCGAGUUUCAGCAGCCGCUGCACGUGAGUCCGGAGUGCCAGCACCUGCUCACGCGCAUGCUCACGCCCGACCCGGCGCGCAGAAUAACCAUAGGCGAAAUAAUGCACCACUCCUGGUUUCUGUGCAACCUGCCGCCGCACAUGCAGCACUUGAACUACACGCUGGUACAGACGCUGGUGCCUGUGGGCCUGCAGAGCGUGGAAGAGAUUGAGACCAUUGUGCACCAGGCCACUCGGCCCUCUGCUUGGCCCAAUUGGCCCCCUGCGUCCGCAUCUGCAUCUGCCAGCCACUGA